GGGAAAUCUGUGCGUUCAAGAUCCAUGGCCAGGAGCUACCCUUUGAGGCCGUGGUGCUCAACAAGACAUCCGGGGAGGGCCGGCUCCGGGCCAAGAGCCCCAUCGACUGUGAGCUGCAGAAGGAGUACACAUUCAUCAUCCAGGCCUAUGACUGCGGCGCUGGGCCCCGGGAGACAGCCUGGAAGAAGUCACACAAGGCUGUGGUCCACAUCCAGGUGAAGGACAUCAAUGAGUUUGCUCCUGCCUUCAAAGAGCCAGCCUAUAAGGCUGUGGUGACGGAGGGCCAGAUCUACGACAGCAUCCUGCAGGUGGAGGCCGUCGACGAGGACUGCUCCCCCCAGUAUAGCCAGAUCUGCAACUACGAAAUUGUCACAACAGAUGUGCCUUUUGCCAUCGACAGAAAUGGCAACAUCAGGAACACCGAGAAGCUGAGCUACGACAAGCAACGCCAGUAUGAGAUCCUGGUGACCGCCUACGACUGUGGACAGAAGCCUGCUGCUCAGGACACCCUGGUGCAGGUGGAUGUGAAGCCAGUUUGCAAGCCUGGCUGGCAAGGGCCCAGCACAGGGCUGAGCACGAUGCAGGCACUCAGCAAGUGUGGAGCAGAGGAAUGA